GAAGGUCAUUUUCUGACUGUAAUCUGGGCCUGAUGAUGGUGAUAUUCAGAGUAUUGGAGUUCUCAUGAAGCUCAAGAGAUGAAAACCUAAUUCACACUACAGCUAUGUAAGGUUAUGCAAAAAACUCUGUACUGUCUCAUAUGACUGGAAUUUAAAAAAAAUACUCAGGAAAUACCUAGAAUCCAGGCUACAGUAAGCCUAGCAUCUCUAGCAAAAUGGUAGAAGCAAUGCAAAAGAACACAAAAAAAAGGACACUCAACAAAACACAACUGUAUUGAGGUUGAAUUAAUAUGACUUUUCUAAAAGCAAAUUUUAGAUGUACCUCUUUUCUUUGAAGGUGGCAGCAGUUGUGUGGGCAAGACAGAUCUGAUUUCCACAGGUUGUUCAGAUUUCUGAAAGACAUACCAUACUGAUAGAUGUAAGGUAAUGUCAGUGGGAAGAUCUUUAUAUACAUAGCUUGGGUUCUCGUCAGGUACAGUACAAUAUGUAUAACAACUCUUACUUGCUCUGUUCUUGGUGGGGAGAAGAUGACAGAUGACUGCACUGAAAUUUGUAAGCACCUGUAGUUUUACAACUAGCAAGUGGACUAAGGAAAGGUCAGCUGCUUGACUGCCUGAACUGGGAAGCAGGUGGAUGAAGAAGCCUCGAUGUGGAGUUCCCGAUCAUCCCCACCUACGCCAUAGCCGGAGGAAAAAGCGGUAUGCACUAACUGGACAAAAGUGGAGGCAGAAGCAUAUAACCUACAGUGUACACAACUAUACCCCCAAGGUUGGCGAGAUUGAUACAAGGAGAGCCAUUCGUCAGGCAUUUGAUGUUUGGCAGAGAGUGACACCGCUUACCUUUGAAGAGGUCCCUUACCAUGAAAUUAAAAAUGACAGAAAGGAGGCAGAUAUUAUGAUAUUUUUUGCUUCUGGUUUCCAUGGAGACAGUUCCCCGUUUGACGGAGAAGGUGGAUUCCUAGCUCAUGCUUACUUUCCUGGACCAGGAAUAGGAGGAGAUACUCACUUUGAUUCAGAUGAGCCAUGGACCCUGGGAAAUUCUAAUCAUGAUGGGAAUGAUCUCUUUCUGGUCGCAGUCCAUGAGCUGGGACAUGCGCUGGGCUUGGAACACUCCAAUGAUCCCAGUGCUAUCAUGGCUCCUUUCUACCAGUACAUGGAAACACACAACUUCAAACUGCCCCAGGAUGACCUCCAAGGAAUUCAGAAGAUCUAUGGUCCUCCUGUUGAGCCCCUGGAGCCAACCAGACCUUUACCGACUCUUCCUGUUCGCCGAAUUCACUCCACUUCAGAAAGAAAACAUGAGAGACAGCCAAGACCUCCUAGUCCUCCUCUGGGUGAUAGGCCAUCUCCUCCUGGCACAAAACCAAACAUCUGUGAUGGCAACUUUAACACAGUGGCUCUCUUUAGAGGAGAAAUGUUUGUUUUCAAGGAUCGUUGGUUCUGGCGUCUGCGCAACAACCGAGUGCAGGAGGGAUAUCCCAUGCAAAUUGAGCGGUUUUGGAAAGGCCUCCCUGCAAAGAUUGAUGCAGCCUAUGAACGGUCUGAUGGAAAAUUCGUUUUCUUCAAAGGAGAUAAAUACUGGGUUUUUAAAGAAGUGACGGCAGAGCCAGGCUACCCACACAGUCUAGUGGAACUGGGGAGCUGUCUGCCCCGGGAAGGCAUCGACACAGCUCUGCGCUGGGAGCCAGUAGGCAAAACCUACUUCUUCAAAGGCGACAGGUACUGGAGGUACAACGAGGACAAGAGAGUAACAGAUCCAGGAUACCCAAAGCCCAUCACCGUGUGGAGAGGAAUCCCUCAGGCUCCCCAGGGAGCUUUUAUCAGCAAAGAAGGCUUUUAUACCUACUUUUACAAAGGGAAGGAAUAUUGGAAGUUCGAUAACCAGCGGCUGAGUGUGGAGCCAGGCUACCCCAGGUCAAUCCUCAAAGACUGGAUGGGCUGUAACCAGAAGGAUGUUGAACGAAGUAAAGACAGACGCCUCCCCCAUGAUGAUGUGGAUAUUAUGGUGACAAUAAAUGAUGUGCCUAGCACUGUAAAUGCAAUCGCAGUUGUGAUCCCUUGCAUUUUGUCGCUGUGUAUCCUUGUCCUGGUAUACACAAUCUUCCAAUUUAAAAACAAAGAGGUGCAGCAAAAUGUUGUGUAUUACAAAAGACCUGUCCAGGAAUGGGUAUGACACAGUCCGCUGCACAUUUCAACUCAUUGAUCUGAUGAGGAUUAUGGACAAAAAAAAAAAAAAAAAACAAAGGGAAAAAAAUGCAUUCAAAAGACUACCAAACAAAA